AUGGGAAUUAAUCUUCAGACGACAUCAGCGCUUCCGAUCAUCAUCACGACAGCUGGGACCUCUGGAUCGUCUUCGACGCCAUGUUCCGAGACAAACAGUAGUGUUGUUUCAACAAGGCUCAGUAAAUCUGACGAUUCCUCACAAACAACCGACAAUCUCGUAGCUCCUUCUGGUAAAACGGGUCUUUCAAUCAUUCCAACACCAAUAUCAACAUCUGAAUCAGCUAGUCCUUCAACAUAUAUUAAAUCGACAACCUUUGUUUCCUCGACAUCAUCUUCAACUUCAUCGUCGCCAAAACCCUCAGAAACCUCUAUCUCUUCAGUCUCACAAUCGAGUAACUCAAUUUCCGUCGCCAUACUUCCUACCUCAACACCUAAGCAAACAUGCAAUUCCGGAAGCAAUAAAUUCAUGGCCCGCGAUGACAUGAUGAAUCAAAUCAAUAAAUUCUGUCAAGAGGCUGCUGAACAAGGCACACAAGAUAAAGAUAGCGGCUCAAUACUCCGUACUUACAACCAAGGUGGACACUAUGAAGUUGAUUUGGAAAUUGACUGGCCACCUGGGAUAGAUAUCAUGCAUGAUUUGAAGAACUAUUGCUCUAAUAACAUGACAUCAAUCAUGGAUACCUGUGACUCCGAUGCUGCCAGGAACCCAUCAAAUUGGAAGACCGGCGGUACACUUCAAGUAGACAUAGUUACGUACCGUAUUACUCCUCAAGUCAACCAGAAUUACACAGCAGGAAAAUGUUGGUUUCACCUCGAAGAAUUCAAAAGCUUUCCUGGACCAAGCAACGAACAUGUGAUCUUCGAAGUGCACAUAAGAAAUAUAACAGAUGGUAUUGGAAAUGAUAUUCCGGUUAUGGGGAGUGGAGAAGAUGGCUCAAAAAAUAUUACAAAGGUCGCCGGGGAUGGAAAUCCUUACGUUUUCAACACCACUUUACCUUUUCCUAUUGUCAUUACUCCGGAGCUUAAUGGAAAUCCAUCAGACUACAUUCAAUUUGUAUAUGGAACCCAGUCUUGGACUACAAGCGUGAACUCUGGGAUGCCAAAUUGUAGUGUUGGUGGUUGGGCUAAUCCUGAGACUUCUUUGGGUGCAAUUUCGGUGAGAGCAAAUCGCAACAUGGAUUGUUACUUCUAUUGUUAG